AUGGCUAAACUCAGCUGUUGCCCCACAACAUCGCUUUUCUACUCAUGUGUUUUCCUUCUCUUCUUUUUCUAUUGCCUCAACACUCAGUUCCAAUUCUUCCAUUUUUCUUCUACUAAAAAACAACAGAAGAAUGCUGGAAACAUGGACAAAUUAGAACAAGAACUGGCGAAAGCUCGAGCAGCCAUACGCGAAGCCGCACGAAAUUCUAGUUGCUCGGUUAACUACUACAAUAGCCCCAAUGAAUUUAUUCCAAGAGGCUCCAUUUACAGAAAUCCUCCUGCUUUUCACCAGAGCUACAUGGAAAUGGAGAAGAGGUUGAAAAUAUGGGUGUACAGAGAGGGUGAGCCUCCACUAUUUCACAGGGGGCCAAUGAAAGACAUAUACUCGAUCGAGGGGCACGUGAUAGACGAACUGGAUAGGGAUAACCCUUACCGUACGUAUGCAGCCCGGCACGCUGACGAGGCCCACGUCUUCUUCCUCCCGAUUGGCUUCACAAAUAUAAUCCAUUACAUGUACACUCCUCGCAUCACCUAUGAUCGUGGGCCUAUGCAGAAGGUCGUGGAGGAUUACAUCCAACUUUUGGCCCAUAAAUAUCCCUAUUGGAACAGGAGCCAAGGAGCCGACCAUUUCUUAGUCGCAUGUCACGACUGGGGACCAGAAGUGUCGGCUGCGAAUCCCGAGCUCUUCAAAAACAUGAUCAGAGUCCUGUGCAACGCAAAUGUUUCGGAAGGUUUCAAGCCGUCACGGGAUGUAUCCUUGCCUGAGAUCAAAAUCCUAGAUGACAUCGGGCUGGGCCCACCGGACUUGAGCUGGCAGCCCGAAGAAAACAGGUCGGCCCUCGCCUUCUUUUCUGGUGGACCCCACGGCCAUGUGAGGGAGGCGCUAUUCCAGCACUGGCAAGGCAGAGACGCGGAUGUUCGUGUGUACGAGUACAUACCAAAGGACAUGAACUACUUUGAGCUAAUGUCGCGCGCUAUGUACUGCCUUUGCCCGAGCGGGUUUGAGGUGGCGAGCCCCAGAUUGGUGGAGGCAAUGCACGCCGGAUGUGUGCCAGUUGUCAUCUCUGACGGUUACCCGCUGCCUUUCGGGGAUGUUCUUGAUUGGACUAAAUUCUCCGUCCAUAUUCCGGUGAGGAGGAUACCCGAGAUUAAGAAGAUAUUGCAAGGGAUUCCGAGGGAGGAGUAUCUGGAAAUGCGGAGACAGGUUUUGAAGGUGAAGAGGCAUUUCGUUCUUAACAGGCCACCUCGACCCUACGAUCUUUUAAAUAUGGUGCUUCAUUCCGUGUGGCUCAGGCGCCUCAAUGUCAAGUUAUAA